AUGCCAGGCUUCCUGCUACAUGGUCCACUGGUAAGGCUGUGCAUGGGCCUCACAUGUGUCCUGUCCCUUUACAAUACAGAGUCUGCCUUUAAAGGGGAAGCCAAGAAGGAAAAUGUCAUGACCUUCCUACUUACAACAUUGCCUGGCCUCAGAGGAGACGAGAGUAGAGAAAAGGGGGUCGCUUUUCUGGAUACCACAGAACUGCCUGCAAUGUCGGUUGAUCUGUCUGCGCUUAACCUGACAGAGCUGGUGAACGGGAUGCUGAUCAGAGCUUUAAAAGAUAGCAAGCAAUUUUUCUCCUUGCUAAGUGUUACUUCCUACAGCUCCUUUGCCUUCCACAAGUUUUCUGUGGCCAUUUACAAUAUUUCUAACCUGAAGACUGUGGACCCGGCCAAAUUCCCCUCACGGUACUGCUACUGCUUAAACAACCGGACCAACGAUUUAUCAGAUUUCACAGCCCUACUGGUGGACAUCAUUGGAAAUUCUACCAGCUACCUCACAGAGAUUUUAAAGUCACCCUCCAUCCUCUCAGUGAGUCAAGUGAAUGAAUCUGACUGCAUCUUCAUCUGUGUGAUGUCAGGAAAGUCAGGAAGGAAUCUUUCUGACUUCUGGGAGAUGGCGGAAAAAUCUCCUGUUAUCAAUUACACAUUUACCAGCAGCAUGUCUGGUGUUCUGGGUGAGUCUACCAGGGGGACGGCCCUGACUUCACAGCUCACACCCACAAGCCGGCAAACACUACCAAGGACAAGCCCCCCACGUGGAUCCCAGAACGCUGGAGUGUCUGCUCUGAGAAGCUCUCCCAGGACAGAGACGACUCCUCCUUCACAGGGAGAGCAGACCAUGAACACAAACAAGCAUGCUAAGGGUCACAGCAGAGCCCCGGCCGCCCUGGACGGCGCCUCUCCCACCCUCUCAGACUGGGCUACCGGGAAGGUGGCUGGAAUUCCAUGGGUGACAGCCCGCAGGCAGGCAUGGGCUUCCACACUACCUGUGCCCUGGGCUCAGGCCACCAGUGAGAAAACACCUGGAGGUCUUCCCUGGGAAACACGUUCCUCCCCGCCGACGUCUCCUGCAGAGGCCGAGAAGGCCACGAACACACGGAACUUUUCCGAGACUCCUGCCAGGACAGCGGCCAUGCCUGACAGCCCACCAGGGACCAGCCCAACCUCAGGCCCAUUCACCCCUGGCACACAGACUCCAAGUCCCACCAAGGCUCCGGCCCCCAGAUAUCCACAGGCAGGUGAUCUCCCUGCUGCGUGGCCCUUUACCCCUGGAGAAGAGCCAGUGCUCGUCCCAGGACCCCACCAGGCUUCAAGGUGUCCUGAGCCGCUCCUCAAGGAGGCGGCCACGACCUCUGCUCCUCUCACGCUGGCCGUCCAGAAGCUCAACCCUUGCCUGAUGGAGCUGUGCCGCUUUUUCCAGCAAUGCCUCUGCAUGAGCCAGAAGAGAGACCCCAGGAUGGAGGCAGUGAGGUAUUGUCUUGAAUACUAUUCCUGGUUUCUGAAGAAUGCAACAUACAUCUGUCAGAGGGUGAAAAGGGUGUUCCACUCACACAGUAAGUACACAGCCGGACUGUAUUGUAAAUCGUGUUCUAUGAAAAGGUUCUAGAACUCUGAGUGAUGUUCCUGCCUUAGCACGGG